AUGAAUAUGGACGAGAGGACGAAGGUCGUAAAAGAAAGAAAAGGCUGCUUCAAAUGUUUAAAGGUGGGACAUAUCUACUUAAAAUGUCGCAGUAAAGAAAGAUGCCCUUGGUGCGGAAAAAGACAUUCCCUCUUGGUUAAGAUAAGUGGUCCGAAGGGUAAGGUAGACGUCCGAGCUGUCAUAGAUACCGGCUCACAUCGAUCUUAUAUUUUAGAAGGAAUAACGAAGACUCUAGGAUACGAAGUUGUAGGCGAACAGACAAUGAUACAUUUGCUGUUUGGCGGAAGCAAAACCAAACCCCAGAGACACAAGGCUUGUCGAAUUUAUGUCACCAACUUAGAUGGCACAUACAAAUGCGACUUCGUGGCUUUACAACAGAGUAUGAAGCACCCAUUGUUGAUAGAAGCUGAUAUUGCCGGUAAAAUACUUACUGGAAAGGUACUUCAAAUUGAUCAAGGAAUAACGGCUUUGGAAACCAAACUUGGUUGGACUUUUUUGGGCAGAGAAUUUGAUGAUAACAGCGAGUCAGAUGCAGCUUUAAUAGUUAUGUCCAUGCUCUCUCAAGAAGCAAAUGUGUCGGACUUAUGGAGACUUGACACACUGGGCAUCACUGAUCCAAUAGAAAAAACAACCAGGGUCAACGAGGAAGGUCGUUACGAAGUUCUUCUACCAUGGAAGGAAAAUCAUCCACCUUUACAAGAUAACAGAGAUGUUGCGGAGAAGAGACUAAAAGCAGUCACCAAAAAACUAAGACAUGAAGAUUUGUUUGAAGAUUAUAACACAGUCUUAAACAAUUGGCUUGCCGAAGGUAUCAUCGAGAGAGUGCCUACACACGAAGUCUUAAAGAAAAGCUAUUACCUGCCACACAGACCAGUUGUUAAGAAGGAAGGAACUACCAGGAUCCGACCGGUUUUUGAUGCCUCAGCAAAGACUAAGAAUUCACCUUCACUCAACCAAUGCUUAGAAACCGGCCCUAACCUCAUUGAACAUAUCCCGGCGCUGUUACAUCGGUUUCGAGAAAGAAAGAUAGGAGUGACCGCAGACAUUACAAAAGCGUUCUUGCAAAUUAACAUCUCCUCGUCGGAUCGGGAUGUGUUGAAAUUCUUGUGGUGGAGUGCGAAUGGAGAAUUGGAGACUUACCGUCAUCGGCGAGUAGUAUUCGGCGUAACAAGCAGCCCAUAUCUUCUAGGAGUCACUAUCGAUAUGCAUAUCAAGCGGGCUCUACAGGCUAAUGUUCCGCCAUGCCACAAAUCGAUUUACGAAAAAUUAGCAAAGUCUUUCAAUGUCGAUGAUUGUGUUACUAGCGUUGAUUCUCAUUCUGAUUUCGAGAUUUUUCAGAAAGAAGCCAGUUUCCUACUGAAUCAGGCAAAAUUCGAUUUGAGAGGAUGGAAGUGUACAGGAAUGAACUCAGAGAAUCGGACAACCAUACUCGGACUCGUUUGGGACACUAAAGGUGAUACGCUCUCAUUUUCCUUCACGUCCGAUCCCUGA